CGCGACUUUGUCUGAAAGCUACAUAAAAGGCACAUCUUUGUAGAUAUGAAAGAGUCGCAUGCGUUUGAUUCUAAUAUUGGAUUUCACCUUGAGAUCAACGCAUCUUCAAAGGAUUUCCGAUUAGGUGAACAUCACUUGUAAUCACAGCCAACAAACAUGUCAUUGAGAUGCUUUCCAGAAAGCCCAAGAUGGAAUCUGUAUAUACCAUUUCACAUGGUGCUUUGGGAGGUGCUGCCUGGAAUAUGGCCUUAUCUUCUGAGCUGAGAGACUCAGAAUCAUCAGACUCUGAGCCAGAGCGACCAGCGCCACUGCUGCCUGCUUCGAAAUAUUCAUCAAGCGAAGACGAAAAGGGCGACGACGAAGACGAAGAUCACGAAGCAGAAGAGGAAGAUUCUGAGGAGGGCGACAUGUCCGACUCAGAUAGCAGCUCUUCUUCCUCCGAGGAGAGCCUGAAGUCGACAUCUGGCACAAGCUCUUCCGCGCCCACCAGGAGCAGAUCGACGUCCAAAGAUGUUGACAGAAUACUGGCUGAACAGAUGCAGCUCUUGCAGCUGAGCCCAGAGGUAAAUGAGAUAUCUGAGAUCAAGACCGUCCCUCUUUUCACGGAGAGUGUUCGCAGGCGCGCGGCAGACUUGGCUCCUUCAAACUCGAGCCCGUUCCCACAGUACGGCCUACUUGGAGGAGUCACUUCCGGCGCCAACGGAGAUGAGGCACCGGCAGAUCCUCGCGUCUUCUACAACAUUGCAGCCCCGUCCAGCGUCUUCAUCUGUGGUAGUCAGGGGUCUGGCAAAAGCCACAGUCUGUCAUGCUUGCUUGAGAACUGUCUCAUUUCAUCGCGUGCAAAUGUUCUGCCGAGGCCAUUGACCGGUGUUGUCUUUCACUACGACACAUUCGUCUCUGACAACGGAGGUGAGCCUUGCGAGGCUGCAUAUUUGGCUUCGAAUCGGAAUGUCAAAGUUCGGGUCCUGUGUGCACCUACAAACAUCAAGACUAUCAGGAGAGUAUAUUCUAGGAUUCCCAAUGUCACCGUUGAGCCUCUUCGCUUGAAUGAGAGCGAUUUGAACACCAAACGGAUGAUGUCGCUGAUGGCAGUGGACGACACGCAGGGCAUCCCACUCUACCUGCAUGUCAUCCAACGUAUCCUGAGAGACCUGCGGCUGGAGCAGCAGCAACAACCUGACAGAUCCGAUGGGCGCGUUACUCCUUUCCAGUAUGCAAAGUUCAAAAUGCUUCUUGAGAAGGAGAACAUGACGCCGGCCCAGCUCGCACCGCUGAAGCAGCGUCUCGAUACCCUCGAGAGCUUCAUGGUCGGCAAACAGGUUCAUGCGUACAACUCGGCAAACGUGGGCGUUGCUCCUAAGAAGGUCAAGGCCCGCAAGAACGAGCAAGGAACGGAUUGGAGCCCAGAGCCCGGAAAAUUGACGAUUGUAGACUUGUCUUGUCCUUGCGUACAGGCACAGACAGCCUGUUCACUCUUUAAUAUAUGCCUCAGCUUGUUCCUGGAGCAAGAUACCAAAAUCGGACGAGUUGUCGCACUCGACGAGGCGCACAAGUACAUGGGCGGCGGCACAGAGGGUGCAGAGUCCCCAGACUCGCGGACUCUGACCGAAAAUCUACUGCAGACGAUCCGGCUUCAGCGCCACCAAGCCUGUCGAAUCUUUAUCUCGACUCAGGAACCGACUGUCUCGCCAGCCCUCCUUGAUCUUUGCUCUGUGACUAUUGUGCACCGCUUCACAUCGCCGGCGUGGCUAAAAGUGCUGAAGCAGCACCUGGCAGGCGUCAGCUCGUCAUCGUUGAUGCUCGAGAAGGCAUUUGGAGACGACAAUGGUGAGGACAACGGCGAAGGCAUCACCGCAAUCAAGCUGCGAGGCGGCAACGACUCGGUAUCUGCUGACCCGGCAGUGGAGGUAUUCUCACGCAUCGUCAAGCUGCGCGUUGGCGAGGCGCUCGUGUUUGCUCCCAGCGCCGCCAUAGGCGUCAAUGUUCACGGCCGUAAGCAGCGGAGUGGGGGCUCUGCUUUCCGCAAGCUGGGUAGUGGUAUCCUCAAGAUCCGGACACGAGCCCGAGUCACUGCCGAUGGGGGUCGGAGUAUCAUGGCAGACUAGACCUCAUCGGCUUGAAAAGUACCGGAAGGACAGAAACUGGACAGCAAAUGUAAAGACUUGGACGAUAGACAAGAUGAUAAAGGUAGGGAGGGAUGAUACAGAACGAUACCAGCAGCGUGUGAGGAGGCCAACACGCAACGACAUUGAGUUUAGAUACCGCUAGCAUGUAAGCCACCGGGGUGGUAGCAUGAAAAGACUGUAACUCUAAUUUGAGCCAAUGGUCAACCAGCCCAUGGUAAUUGCGCCACGUCUUGCGUGCCUCUUGCCCUGAUACUGCCAAAUUAAUUCCCGCAGGCAUUUACUCUAUAAACCUUUGUCCUUGUCAAAAUAGCGUGAGAAAGCUAGUUCGCCGUUUCUACUCGAAAAGCAAAUAUCAAGAUAAAUCAACCUCGUUAUAGAUAUCCUCGUCCUG